AUGGUAUACGCUACCUGGACACUCCUCAGCCUUGCUGCUCUCAGCCAUGCGGCACCAGAGAAGCGAGCUGGCUCGGCAUCAGCUUACAGCUCCAACUCUGCCGGGAAUUACAAGCUCUCUUCCAUCGCAGCCCCUGUUCAAGGCAGCGGCAGCCCAGGAUCAGAGUCAACCUGGAAACUCAGCAUUGAUGAUACAAGCUCUGGUCACAAGCAGACCAUUGUCGGCUUUGGCGCGGCAGUCACCGAUGCCACGGUGACCUCUUUCAAUACACUAUCCAGUUCCAAUCUCCAGACCCUUCUUCAGGAUUUGAUGACCAGCUCUGGUGCCGACUUCAGUUUGAUGCGUCAUACUAUCGGAGCAUCAGAUCUAUCUGGUGACCCUGCAUACACAUACGAUGAUAAUGGAGGUUCUGCAGACCCUUCCCUGUCAAGCUUCAACUUGGGAGAUCGCGGUACUGCGAUGGCAAAAAUGCUGGCUACGAUGAAGUCAUUGCAGUCUAAUCUGAAGAUAUUUGGAUCUCCCUGGAGUGCACCCGGCUGGAUGAAGUUGAAUGGUGUUAUCGACGGGACUACGACUAACAACAACUUGAACGAUGGAUACUUGAGCGGGGGCACGGGAACCUCAGGAUACGCCAGUGCAUUCGCGAACUACUUCGUGAAAUACAUCCAAGCGUACGCGAACCUCGGUGCUCCUAUUGAUGCAAUCACCAUCCAGAAUGAGCCCUUGAAUAGCCAGUCCGGCUAUCCGACCAUGUAUGUCUACGCAGACGAAUCAGCCCAGCUCAUUCAAAACUACAUCGGCCCUGCCAUUGCCAACGCCGGUUUGAACACAGAUAUCUGGGCCUACGACCACAACACCGACGUACCAUCCUACCCACAGACCGUCAUCAACGGCGCCGGACAAUACGUCGACUCCGUCGCAUGGCACUGCUACGCCUCCAAUGUUGACUGGAGCGUACUAACUGAAUUCCACCAAACAAACCCCUCCGUCAAACAAUACAUGACCGAAUGCUGGACUCCAGCCGGAACCUGGAACCAAGCAGCCGACUUCACCAUGGGACCCCUGCAGAACUGGGCAGCCGGCGUCACAGCCUGGACCCUGGGCACCGACAGCUCUGACGGACCUCACCUUUCCAGCGGUGGCUGCGGUACCUGCCAGGGCUUGGUCACGAUCAAUGGGGACAGUUAUACGUUUAACCCGGCCUACUACAUGAUUGCGCAGUUUAGCAAGUUUAUGCCGCCCGGUGCGAUUGUGUUGAAUGGGAGUGGCAGUUAUACUUACUCUAAUGGUGGUGGUAUUCAGUCUGUUGCGUCGGUGAAUCCUGAUGGGACGCGCUCGGUGGUUAUUGAGAAUACUUUUAGCAAUGAUGUUUAUGUUACGUUGUCGACGCAGAGUGGGCAGGAGUGGAGUGGGAAUAUCCCCAGCGAGUCUGUUACUACGUGGGUUCUUCCUGCAGUAUGA